AUGUCCCUAGACCGAAAGAUAGGUCAUGAGUUUGGACAGGCCAUCUCCAAAUCGACUCCAGGCCAGGCGGCUGGGUUGGUCGCGUUGUCGUCUCUUCCACCAGCUCUUCGACCCCUGGUUCGCGCCUAUGUCACCGGCUACGCAACCACUGUCGGGCCACGUCUUCUCGCUCUAAUCGUCAGUCACAUCUCUCAAAACCGUCGGAAGUCAUCGAAACAGUCCAAGACCGAAGAGACGCCCUCUUUAAUCCAUCCAAUACUCCAUGUUAUCACAACUGGCUUUGAGCCUCAGCGCUUCCCCACGUUUUGCGCCGUGGUUGCGGGGGGCAGCACUCUGCUUCUGGCUGAGGAGCUCACCGGCUAUCUCACUGAUCCCUCCAUCUUUGUCGUAUCAUGCGCUUUCAUCAUGUGGUCCUGGUUCUACUAUCCCAACAACCUACCGCGGAGCUACCAGAAAUGGAUCACUUCCGCCGCCAUGCUGGAUAUGCGUCUCAUCGAGGCCCUUCGCCGAUGCAAGUUCAACGAGCUCCGCUACGGCGAGGACACCGGGCAGGCUUCUCUGCUCGGCCCAAUGUGUGCCGGCUUGGACAUGCCCGCCGUCUGGGGCGACCCGGCCAAAACCAUCCCCUACCCGUGCGAGGUGGUCCAUAUGAAGCGCGGACAGUCCUGCGAGGCCCACGCCAUCAGCCGUCUGGCCCGUUCCUGGAAAUGGGCCAUGUAUACAUACCUACCCCUAGCCCUCGCCUUCAAGGUCCGGAAGCUCGAGAAGAAACAGCUCCUCAAGGCGUUCAUCUCCGCAUCCCGCUCCUCCCUGUUCCUCGGCAGCUUCAUCACCAUCUUCUACUACACCAUCUGCCUCGCCCGCACGCGCAUAGGCCCCUAUAUUAACGGCCGGAGCACGGAGGCGUGCCAGCGCAUGGACGGCGGCAUCUGCGUGGGCUUGGGCUGCGGCCUGUGCGGCUGGAGCAUCCUCAUCGAGACCGCCAGCCGCCGCAAGGACAUGGCCCUGUUCGUCGCCCCCCGUGCACUGGCGACCAUCCUUCCUCGCAAGUAUUCCUCGGAGAAACAGUACAAGGAAACACUGGCGUUCGCAGCCAGCGCAGCUGUAAUUUCGACCUGCGUGUUGGAGAACCCGAAACGGGUGAGGGGUGUCUUCGGCAGGUUGCUCAAUUCUAUCAUGCGAACAUGA